UGGAGGGUAGACAGGCAGCAGGAGGAAAGCCCUGGCUGUGAUGCAGCUGGAUGAUGGCUGCCUUUGGAAUACUCAGCUACGAACACCGGCCAUUAAAGCGACCCCGGCUCGGGCCUCCGGACGUUUACCCGCAAGAUCCAAAGCAGAAAGAGGAUGAGCUGACGGCGCUCAAUGUCAAACAAGGAUUCAACAACCAGCCAGCAGUAUCUGGCGAUGAACACGGCAGUGCCAAAAAUGUCAACUUCAACCCAUCCAAGAUCAGUUCCAACUUCAGCAGCAUUAUUGCCGAGAAGCUGCGCUACAACACCUUUCCGGACACAGGGAAGCGUAAGCCGCAGGUCAACCAGAAGGAUAAUUUCUGGCUGGUUACAGCGAGGUCUCAGAGCUCCGUCAAUAACUGGUUUACAGACUUAGCAGGGACUAAACCUCUCACACAGCUGGCCAAAAAGGUGCCAAUAUUCAGCAAGAAAGAGGAGGUUUUUGGAUACUUGGCAAAGUACUUGGUCCCUGUCAUGCGUUCAGCAUGGAUGAUCAAGAUGACCUGUGCUUAUCAUGCAGCCAUCACAGAAACUAAAGUCAAGAAGAGACAUGUGAUUGAUCCCUGUAUAGAAUGGACCCAGAUCAUAACAAAGUAUCUGUGGGAGCAGCUUCAGAAGGUGGCCGAGUUCUACAGGCAGUUCCCCAGCCAAGGCUGCAGCUCUCCGCUCCCGGCCACUCCCGCCGACGUGGAAACGGCCACAAAGCAGUGGGAGUACAACGAGAAGCUGGCAAUGUUUAUGUUUCAGGAUGGAAUGCUGGACAGACACGAGUUCCUGACGUGGGUGCUAGAGUGUUUUGAGAAGGUCCGACCCGGCGAGGAUGAGCUGCUGAGACUCCUCCUGCCACUUUUACUGCAGUACUCGGGGGAAUUCGUACAGUCGGCCUACUUGUCACGCAGGCUGGCUUACUUCUGCACGCGCCGCCUCAACCUGUUGCUAAGCGACGGCAGCCUGGGCCCCAGCGCCGGUGGAGGGCACCCGGCGCAUGGCAUCUUGACGCCUCAAGGCAAUGCCCUGCCCCCGACCCCAACCUCCCAGCCAGCCGGAGGCAGCCAGCCCCAGACACCAUUCACAGACUUCUACAUCUGCCCCCAGCAUCGCCCUCUUGUGUUCGGCCUCAGCUGCAUGUUGCAGAGCAUAGUGUUGUGUUGCCCCAGUGCUCUGGUGUGGCACUACUCUCUAACAGACAGCAGAAACAAAACUGGUUCCCCUCUGGACCUGCUGCCCAUCGCCCCCUCCAGCUUACCAAUGCCUGGGGGAAACACUGCCUUCACACAGCAGGUCCGUGUGAAGCUGAGGGAGAUCGAGGAGCAAGUUAAGGAGCGAGGACAGGCGGUGGAGUUCCGCUGGUCGUUUGACAAGUGCCAGGAGACCACAGCAGGGUUCACCAUUGGGAGGGUGCUGCACACACUAGAGGUUUUGGACAACCACAGCUUUGAGAAGUCUGAUUUUAACAACUCGCUGGAUUCCUUAUACAACCGGAUAUUUGGCUCAGGCCAGAGCAAGGAUGGUCACGAGAUGUCACCCGAUGACGAUGCAGUGGUCACCCUGCUUUGUGAAUGGGCCGUGUGUUGUAAGCGAUCAGGCCGACACAGGGCCAUGGUGGUGGCUAAGCUGCUGGAGAAGCGACAAGCCGAGAUUGAAGCAGAGCGGUGCGGUGAGUCCGAAGUGGUGGAUGAGAAGGGCUCUGUGUCAUCCGGCUCCCUUUCCGCUGCCACACUUCCAGUGUUUCAGGAUGUUCUGCUCCAGUUCCUAGAUACUCAAGCCCCCACGCUGACCGAGCCUGGUAAUGAGAAUGAGAGAGUGGAGUUCUCAAACCUGGUCCUGCUCUUUUGCGAGCUGAUCCGCCACGACGUCUUCUCCCACAACAUCUACAUGUGCACGCUCAUCUCCCGUGGCGACCUGGCUUCCGACUCCCACUUGCCACGCCCUCGCUCCCCCAGCGACGAGCCCUCAGAUGAGUCUGAUCGCAAGGAGCAGGAUGCGGGCAACAGUGUCAAGAUUGAGGAUACCGGCCUGUCGGAGUCUAUGGAGAUAGAUCACAACUCUAGUGCUAACUUUGACGAGAUGUUCUCGCCUCCAAUGCACUGCGAGUCCAAGGGCAGCCCCUCUCCAGAAAAGUCUGCACCCGAGCAGGACAGCAAGAGCACCUGCAAGGACAAGUGCAUGGACCCUGCCUUCCCCCAGCUGUACGAGCAGCCCCGACACAUUCAGUAUGCCACCCACUUCCCCAUUCCUCAGGAGGAGAAUGCCAGCCAUGAGUGCAACCAGCGUCUGGUGGUCCUCUACGGCGUGGGCAAACUGAGGGAUGAAGCGCGACACACCAUCAAGAAAAUAACCAAAGAUAUCUUGAAGGUGCUCAACCGCAAAAGCACUGCAGAAACAGGAGGCGAGGAGGGACAAAAGAGAAAAAGGAGUAAGCCCGAGGCCUUCCCCACGGCAGAAGAUAUCUUCUCCAAAUUCCAGCACCUCUCCCACUUUGACCAGCACCAGGUCACCUCCCAGGUGUCCCGAAAUGUGCUGGAACAGAUCACCAGCUUUGCCUUAGGGAUGUCCUAUCACUUGCCUCUAGUGCAGCACAUUCAAUUCAUCUUUGACCUCAUGGAGUACUCGCUCAAUGUUAGUGGCCUAAUCGACUUUGCCAUUCAGCUUCUGAACGAGCUGAGCCUGGUGGAAGCCGAGCUGCUGCUCAAGUCAUCUAGCCUGGUGGGCAGCUACACCACCAGCCUUUGUUUGUGCAUCGUGGCUGUGCUGAGGAGGUACCACUCUUGCCUCAUUCUCAAUCCUGAGCAGACAGCACAAGUUUUUGAUGGCCUGCGCAUUGUGGUCAAGUCAGGUGUGAACCCUGCAGACUGCUCCUCUGCUGAGCGCUGCAUCUUGGCCUACCUGUAUGACCUCUACACCUCCUGCAGUCACCUCAAGAACAAGUUUGGCGAGAUCUUCAGCGAGUUCUGCUCCAAAGUGAAGAACUCCAUCUACUGUAACAUUGACCCCUCCGACUCCAACAUGCUCUGGGACCCUGAGUUCAUGACUGAGGCCAUCGCCAACCCCUCAGCGCACAACUUCAACCACUCCAUGGUGGGCAAGAUCCUCAAUGACAGCCCUGCCAACCGCUACAGCUUUGUGUGCAAUGUGCUCAUGGAUGUGUGCGUGGACCACAGAGACCCUGAGAGGGUGAACGAUAUUGGGAUCCUGUGUGCCGAGCUGACUGCAUAUUGUCGCUCCCUAAGUGCAGAAUGGCUUGGCAUCCUCAAGGCGCUCUGCUGCUCCUCCAAUAACGGCAACUGUGGCUUCAACGACUUGCUCUGCAACGUCGACGUUAGCGACUUGUCCUUCCAUGAUUCCCUGGCAACAUUCGUAGCCAUUCUCAUAGCGCGACAGUGUCUUCUCCUAGAGGACCUGGUCCGCUGUGUGGCCAUUCCAUCCCUUCUCAAUGCAGCCUGCAGCGAGCAAGACUCCGAGCCUGGAGCGAGACUCACCUGCAGGAUAUUGUUGCACCUUUUCAAAACUCCACAGCGCAACCCUGUCCCUCAAGACGGUAUUAAGUCAGACAAAUCUUCAGUUGGUAUCCGGUCAUCGUGUGAUCGCCAUCUCCUGGCAGCGUCUCAAAACAGCAUAGUUGUGGGAGCCGUUUUCGCUGUCCUCAAAGCUGUCUUCAUGUUGGGUGAUGCUGAGCUGAGGGGCUCAGGGCUGUCCCACCCUGCUGGCCUCGACGACAUAUCCGAGGGGCGCAAUGUCUCCAUAGAAACAGCCAGCUUGGACGUGUAUGCAAAGUAUGUCCUGAAGACCAUCUGCCAGCAGGAGUGGGUGGGAGAGCGCUGCCUCAAGUCUCUGUCCGAGGACAGCAGUGCCCUUCAGGACCCGGUGCUGGUAAACAUUCAGGCCCAGAGGCUCCUGCAGCUCAUUUGCUACCCUCACCGCCAGCUGGACAGCGAUGACGGAGACAACCCUCAGAGGCAGCGCAUCAAACGCAUCCUACAGAAUAUGGACCAAUGGACGAUGAGACAGUCAUCCCUGGAGCUGCAGCUGAUGAUCAAACAGAGCACAAACAAUGAGCUCUAUUCUCUCUUGGAGAACAUAGCCAAGGCCACGAUCGAAGUGUUUCAAAAAUCGGCCGAGAUGAACUCGAGUAACCCCUCCUCAGGGAAUGGAGGAACCCUCCAAGGCGGCUCUGCGUCCAACAGCAGCAGUGCCACAAACAAAAUGAAACCUAUUUUAAGUUCAUCUGAGCGGUCGGGUGUAUGGCUGGUGGCGCCUUUGAUAGCCAAGCUGCCCACCUCGGUUCAGGGUCACGUCCUGAAAGCAGCCGGAGAGGAGCUGGAGAAGGGACAGCACCUAGGCUCAUCUUCACGCAAGGAGAGGGAUCGCCAGAAGCAGAAAAGCAUGUCUUUGUUGAGCCAGCAGCCGUUCUUGUCGCUAGUGCUGACCUGUCUGAAGGGGCAGGACGAGCAGCGGGAGGGUCUUCUCACAUCCCUAUACAGCCAAGUUCAGCAGAUCGUCACCAACUGGAGAGAGGACCAGUACCAGGAUGACUGCAAGGCCAAGCAGAUGAUGCACGAGGCUCUGAAACUGCGAUUGAAUCUUGUGGGAGGCAUGUUCGACACGGUGCAGCGUAGCACCCAACAGACAACCGAGUGGGCUGUCCUUCUCCUCGACAUCAUCAGCAGUGGAACAGUGGACAUGCAAUCUAAUAACGAGCUCUUCACGACUGUGUUGGACAUGCUGAGCGUGUUGAUUAACGGCACGUUGGCUGCCGACAUGUCUAGCAUCUCUCAGGGCAGCAUGGAGGAGAAUAAAAGGGCUUACAUGAAUCUGGUAAAGAAGCUCAGGAAAGAGCUUGGAGAUCGGCAGUCGGAGAGCUUGGAAAAGGUUCGCCAGCUACUUCCGCUACCCAAGCAGACCCGUGAUGUCAUCACAUGCGAACCUCAGGGCUCACUGAUCGACACUAAGGGUAACAAGAUCGCCGGUUUUGAGAAAGAGGGGCUUCAAGUGUCCACCAAGCAGAAGAUCUCCCCGUGGGACGUCUUCGAGGGUCUCAAGCACUCAGCUCCUCUCUCCUGGGGCUGGUUCGGCACGGUGCGCAUGGACCGCAAGGUGACCAAGUUUGAGGAGCAGCAGCGCUUCCUUCUCUACCACACGCACCUUAAGCCCAAGCCGCGCAGCUACUACCUGGAGCCACUCCCCCUGCCGCCCGAGGAGGAGGAGCCUCUGACACCCAUCUCUCAGGAGCCAGAGAAGAAGAUGGAGGCGGUGAAGCCGGAGAAGAACAUGUCCGCUGUGCCGUCGGAUUCCAACAAAAAGAAGCCCAGCAAGAAGAAGAAGACGCCAUCGGCCAAGACAGAGGAGUAUGUGAACCGCACGCCAGGUGUGAGCUACGGGACAAACAUGCCACCUGAGCUGAUGCAGAACCCAUACGGCAGGCUGCCUUAUAGCCAGCAGAACAUGGGCAUGUACACACAGAAUCAGCCUCUACCUCCAGGUCAGCUCUCAAUAUCAGCAUUAUUUAACUUGUUUCAUCAUCCUGGAUCGCACUCUGAACUGGGUUUUCUCCCAACAACAGGAGGGCCUGGUUUAGAUCCUCCCUACAGGCCUGCCCGCAACCCUCAAUUAAACAAGAUGGUGUCCACGCGGCCCAGUUACCCAGGAAUGAUGCCCGGUAUGCAGGGCAACAUGCCCGGCAUGAUGGGAAUGGACAAACAGUACCAAAUGGUCUACAAGCCUCAGCCUAAUAUGCAGCAGAACCAGAUGCUGCGCCAGCAGCUGCAGGUCAGACUGAAUCACAGCAGCAUAAUAGGGCAGCAGAUCAGACAAAUGACACCCAACCAACCAUAUACUUCAAUGCAGCAGUCUCAAAACUUAUCUCAGAGCUACACGUCAUACGGCUCACACAUGGGCAUGCAGCCGCACCCGUCUCAAGGGGGCGGUAUAGUUCAGUCCGCUUACGGCAACCAGAACUUCCAGGGCUCCCACCCAGGAACCAACCCCGCCGUGGUGGAUCCCCUGAGACAAAUGCAGCAGAGGCCCAGUGGUUACGUUCACCAGCAGGCUCCGGGCUACACACACAAUAUGCAGAACGCACAGAGGUUUGCCCACCAGCCCAUCCAGCAGAAUCCCAUCAUGCACGGUCUUGCUCACAUGGGAGGCCAGGGCGGUCAUCCAGGCUUAAGGCCCAAUCAGAUGCUGGCAGAACAACAACAGCAGCAGCAACAACAACAACAACAACAACAACAGCAGCAGCAGCAGCAACAACAACAACAACAGCAACAAGCAGCACAACAGCAGCAGCAGCAACAGUACCUCAGACAGCAAGCACUCAGACAGCAGGCUCAACAAGCCCAACAGCAGCAACAACAACAACAGCAACAACAGCAGCAGCAGCAGCAACAACAACAAGUCCAGCAGCAGGUCCCUCCUCAACAGCAAGUUCCUCAGCAACAACAGCAGCAGCAGCAGCAGCAACAACAACAGCAGCAGCAGCAGCAGCAACAGCAGCAGGUGUCAGGUGUACCUCCACCAGGUCAGCAACAGAACCAGGGCCUGGGCAUGCAGCCACUGCCCCCGCAGCAACCCAUGUUCCCACGUCAAGGCAUGCAGCAAACGCAGCAGCAGCAACAGACAGCUGCUCUGGUCAGACAACUGCAACAACAACUCUCAAAUACACAACCAGGACAGGGCACCAAUUCAUAUUACAUGUGACCGUUGGCAUGCAUAGUUGAGAGUGCGUGUGAGGAGGCUGUUGACCAUGCGGCCCUGAGGGAGAUGGCCGAGGCAUCAAAGAAGUAUCUUCACUUUGGGUUUGUUCUUGUUGGAAUAUGGAGGCCUCAUGCAGACAAGAUAACAGAUAAUAAUGGGAAAAGUCUAUGUAAAAAAAUUACCACAAAGGAUAACAAUGCAUCCUUUUUUGUAUUUUAUUUCUAUUUGUACAAUUAUUUUGAGUUUUGUGUAUUUUUCAUUAAAUUGUGUCAGUUUUUAUGUCUUGUUAAUGUCUUGUGUUGGCUGUCUGUAUUUAGUUUGGAAAAAUAUGUCAAUGAAAAGUUUGAUGAUAAACCUGGAAAAGAUGUCUUGUCUCAGGUAGCACAACUGUCUUUGCAAAGAAAAAAAGUGUUUGUGUUUAGUCACUCAGCCAUUCAGGUUUCUAAUGGUGGCUGUGAUUGAGUCAUUUACUGAUCGUCCACUAGGGGGAGCUGUCGCCCGAAUAAAAAUUACACAACACACACAGGUCAAGAAAACAAAAACCUAAAUGGGUCAAAUACAAUUAAUUCUUUACACUAUAUUUCAAGUUUAAACGAAUCCAUUUUUAUUUGGCCGUUUGCAUUUCAAUAAAUGUACUUGUGUCAUUUAUUUUACGUAAACAAUUACAGCAUUUUUGUCACAGAAUAUUACAUAAUUUGAACUACGCUUGGUAAACUUUUGGGCGUGGCGAAUGACGUCACGCCAUUUACGAGCACGAGGGCGUUCAUUGCAAGCCAGCUAACACUUGGAGCUCAUUUGACGGGUCUCGUCAGUUGUAAUUUACGCUUGUGUAGCCAAAUUUCUCAUGAAUACAACUUGGACAUGAAAAGCCACAAAGAACAGCUACUAAAAAAAUUAAAACCAGAUUUAAAAUGAAAAAUCUACCAGACGUAAUAAAAACUGAGCUACAAACUAACCAUGCCAUCAAUUUUACUUUUUUAUACCACCCCAAGGUCAUUUAAUAGUCAUGUAAAAUAUUGUAUUAGAAAUAACAGUUGAUGUGAAAUGAUAAAACAAAACAACCCCUUUAACACUUAACACACAUAAAAUUGUGUG